GGGAAGUAUAAAGUUCUGUUAAGAGUAUCUUCUUAUUGCAGGAAUCUAUUGAGAGGAUAGGAAUUACAAAAACCAGAGCAUUAUCCAACUGCCGACAUCCAACACUAGAAAUUAAAUAGCGGUACACUAACUCACUCACCCCUUGUCAACUUGUUGUCUACUUCUCCCAGAUUUUUUUUUUUUUUUUUUUGUUCGGAGCAAUACUUCUCCCAGAUACUGUAAUUCUGUCACAAUAAAUCUAGAAAAUUUCAAUCUGACUGCAAAAAAAAGAACGACUGCUGAAACCAAAGCUCACAAUUGUUGGUUGCAUCUCUUUCGACGACAAAAAGUAGAACCAGAGGAGACCGAGGGUCCAAAUCAAGCAACCCUCUCUGAAUUCUUGCUGCUGAUACUGUUUCUACUAAUAAAUCUACUUCAUUUACAAAUGGAGCUUCCACUUGAGCUCUUUCAUCUCAUCAAGAAGCGCUCAAAAAGUUUCAGUACAUUAUCCUUGAACUUGAAGAUGGUAACUGGCCAAAUCUAAAGAUUGAAGAAUAAGGUCUUGUUCGCAUUUGGAAUUCUAACUACAAACUGCCUCGGACCUGCAACUGUUGCGUACUCCAAUAAAUAUUGGUCCAAGAAUCUAUCUCUAUAGUUGUGCGUGCUAAGUUUGGAAAUGAAAAAGUGGACUGGAGGUGUUUUAAUCGUAGGGCUUGCAUUGAUUUUAGUUAUUAGUUACAGUUUCGUUGGGAAGUCCGCCCAACAAAAGCAAUCAGCAUAUGAUUUUUUCAAUAAUCAUCCUGCUGACAAUGCCAACCCGGAAGGCAGGAAGGGCCAUGAUAAUGUGAAAUCAGCUGAGACUGACGUCAUAAAGGCACUUAAUUUUAAAGGAAAGCCUCGAUUUGUCCAUGUUGAAGGGCUCAGCUCCUUGUAUGGUAGCUUGGGGAACUUUUCCAAAGAGGAGUCAAAAGCGUUGCAGGUAUGGAGCCGAAUGCGCUUUUUAUUAUCCAGGUCAGAUGCAUUGCCUGAAACACUGCAGGGCAUCAAAGAGGCCGCUGCAGUUUGGAAAGAGUUGUUGUCAACCGUUCAGGAAGAUAAGGCCUCCAACGUAAACAAAGUUGGAGAGGAUGUAGAUUGUCCGUACUAUGUCAGUGCGUUUAAUGGCACAAAAUCAAGGAGUCAGAAUGCAACUCUUGAAAUCCCUUGUGGUCUUGUUGAAGAUUCAUCUGUUACUGUGAUUGGAAUGCCUGAUGCAUUACAAGACGGUUUUCAAAUUGAGCUUAUUGGCUCAAAACUGUCAGAUGAGCCCAGGCCUCCUUUGGUGUUGCAGUACAAGGUGUUUUUACCUGGAAAGAACCUGACAAAGGAGCCCUUUGUCAUCCAAAAUGCAUGGGCUAAUGAAUCUGGGUGGGGGAAGGAGGAAAGGUGUCCUGAUCAUGGCUCGACUGACUUUCUAAAAGUUGAUGGGCUAGUAAUGUGCAAUGCGCAGAGUGUCAGGACGGCUACGCCAGAGAAUUCAAAUGGGAGUAAUCGUAGCAGUGACAAGUUAACCAAUUUUUCUGAUGGGGGUACCCAUGGAAGUGCCACUUUUCCUUUCCCUUAUUUUGAAGGCAUUCCAUUUACUGCCUCAUUGUGGGUUGGGUUGGAGGGAUUCCACAUGACAGUCAAUGGAAGGCACGAGACAUCUUUCGCAUAUAGAGAGAAACUUGAACCAUGGUUGGUCGGUGGAGUUGAGGUGAAAGGUGGCUUGGACACCAUAGCUAUCUUAGCAAAAGGAUUGCCUGUUUCAAAUGACCUGAAUUUAGACGUUGAUCUCGAGCUUCUCAAAGCUCCCUCAGUUUCCAAGAAAGAGCUUGUAUUGAUGAUUGGUGUUUUCUCAACUGCAAAUAACUUCGAGAGGCGUAUGGCACUGAGAAGAUCUUGGAUGCAAUACGAUGCUGUACGCACCGCCGAGGUGGCUGUCCGCUUCUUCAUCGGUCUUCACAAGAAACAAGCAGUGAACUAUGAGCUGUGGAGAGAAGCUCAAGCAUACGGAGACAUCCAGUUGAUGCCUUUUGUUGACUAUUAUAGCUUGCUCAGUUUGAAAACCAUUGCAAUUUGCAUUCUGGGGACUGAAAUCCUGACUGCUAAAUAUAUAAUGAAGACGGACGAUGAUGCCUUUGUUAGAAUUGAUGAAGUUGUAUCUAGCUUGAGCUUGAAGGGAAAGGCUUCUUCAGACGGCCUUCUGUAUGGUCAUAUAUCGUUCGAAUCAUCACCCCACAGGGACAAAGAGAAUAAAUGGUACAUCAGUCCAGAGGAAUGGCCGUAUGCAUCAUAUCCGCCGUGGGCACACGGUCCGGGUUACGUAAUUUCCAGAGACAUAGCGAAGUUCAUCGUUGGAGGCCAUCGGGAAAGGGACAUUAUGUUUUUGAUGGGGUUGCAGCUGUUCAAGCUAGAAGACGUGGCUGUUGGGAUAUGGAUAGAGCAAUUCAAGAGCCUGGGACACAGCGUGAAGUACGUGGACGACGAGAGAUUUUACAUAUCUGGGUGUGAACCAAACUACGUUCUGGCCCAUUACCAGACCCCUCGGAAGCUUCUGUGUAUGUGGGAGAAGCUCCAAAAACAAAAACACCGCCGCCACGACGACGACCCUCCUAACUCCUGCUGUGACUGACUGACUGAUCAUCAUUGUCCUCCGACAAACAACUUACGGUGGUGUUUUUGUGCUGGGUGCAGCAGCGUCAAAUUCAAAUGUGUGCGAUUGUUUUGUUCGAGGAAUGACAUAUGAUUAUUAAAUAAAUGAUAUUGGGUGUCGUGUGUGUGCGCGUGA